AUGCUGAGGACAAGGCUGCAGCAGUUCUGCCUCCACUCCCAGCCCGGCUGCCCUGUGCCUGACGAGGCUGAGCAGCCCCCCUGUGUCCAUGGGACAGCCAAGGGGGACCCUGAGGGGGACAGUGGCUGCUGGCAGGAGAGGGGCAGCAGAGGGGGGCAGAGCUGCCCUCAGCUCUGGGGUGCUCCAGAGGCAGGAGAGCAGGAGGCACGGUCGGGACUGCUGGGAGGGAAAUCAAAUGGGAGCUGCCAGAGGGACCUCAGGGGGCUCAAUGGGGAUGCACCACAGCCCCCAUUGAAUGGCAGCAGCCUGGCCUUGGCAGAGGAGCCUGCAGCCCCCCCCAGGUGCCCUGGCUCUGCCCCAGAGCUGCCCCCCACAGCAGACAAUCCCAGCCAGGAGUGGAAAGUGGUGAAGAUCCAACGGGUUCUCAUCAACCCUGACUUGGAGCCAAGGAAAACAGGUCUCUCUCGCAGCGCCAGCCUCUCGGAGAAGGAGCUGAAGGAGGCGAAGGCGCGGAGCCAGAGGAUCGCGGCUCAGCUCACCACGGCGCCCGGCCCCAGCUCCAAGGGCGUGCUGCUGUUCCACCGGCGCCGGCAGCGCGUCGAGGGGCUCACGGGGGCCGGGCAUGGCGGGGGGCAGCCGCUGAGCCCCCCUGAGCCCCGGCCUCACCAAGGAGCCAUGGAGCACAGCCAGGGGCAGGGCAUGCAGCCGGAGCCCGGCCAGCCUGGCAACCCAGGAGAAGGGAUGCUGGCAAACGCCUCCCCGUGCCAGGAGCUUCCUGCUGAAGCCCAGCAGGUCCCACUCAGCGUUUACCUGAAGGAGAACAUGGCAUCGGCCGCCACCAACGGCGUGCAGGAGCAGGCGGCCAGCGGGAUGGAGAGAGGGGUGGAGGGGCUCGGAAAUGCAGCAGCCCCUGCGGGGCCGAACACGGCGGCUUUUGUCCUGCCACAGAGCCCCGAGGAGGGGAAGAAGGUCAAAGUGCCCGGGGAGGUUCCCGCUGAGAUGCCCGGGGAGGUGCCCAGUGAGGUGCCCGGCGAGGUGCCCAGCGCUCCAGCGGGGACAGCCACAGGGAUGGCACCCCCAGGCGGGCGGCAGCAGAACGGGACACAGGGCCGGCAGUACUACGAGGUCCAUCUCACCCUGGCCAAGCCCAAGCCCGUGAAGAACCGGACAGCCAGACCCUUCGGCACCCAGGCAUCCCCCGCCAGUGCCCAGCCGGCCGAGGAACCCCCCGCCCCCGAGCUGCCCCCGCCACCAACCUAUGCAGAGACCCUCAGCAGCCCCCCACCCCUCACCCGUGUCCGCUCCCCCCCUGCCUACUCGGCCCUGUACCCCAGCCAGGAGCAGAAGGUGCUGCCGGAUCCCCUCCUGGGCUGCGGGGUGAGCGGACCAAACCCCUUGCCCAAAACAGGGAUCCUGGAGGAGUCGGCUGCACGCAGAGCCAGCAGAAAGUCCAUGUUCACCUUCUUGGAGAAGCCAAAGCUGAGCCCCAACCCCGACCUGCUGGACCUGGUUCAGAGUGCAGACAGCAGGAAGAAGCAGAAGGAGCAGGGGGAGCCCAGUGCUGAGGAUGAGCCCUUUGCCCUUGGGGCUGAAGCUGCGAACUUUGUCCCCAACAGCACAGCCAGGGGUGUGCAGCACCUCCCACCAGCUGAGGAUGCUCCAGCGUGGUCCUCCUGCCUCAAGUCUCCCACCAUCCAGCCCAAGAAGAAACCACAGCCCAGCCACAUCCUCACUGAGGCGAGAGGGAAGGGGGCCGAGCUCUUUGCCCGCCGACAAUCCAGGAUGGAGAAGUUCAUCAUUGAGGCCCCCUCCCAGCCUGAGCUGCUGCGGUCGCCAUCACCCACCAUGUCCCUGCCUCCCUCCUGGAAGUACGACAACAACGCUUACCUGUCACCCAUGGUCUCCAGACGCCCCUCCAAGAGUCCCUGCAGGCCCUCCAAAACCCCUCCUGCAUCGCUGUAUGGCAACAACCUCAUGGAGAACGAGGUGUCCCAGAAGGAGCUGGAGAUCUCCAGGCACCAGCCUUACCAGCUCCAGUCUUCUCUCUUCAUCCUCUCCCCAUCCAAGGGGCCAGCAAGGUCCAUGCCCCAGGAGGUGCCUCCACCCAGACCCUCUCUUCCCGACUCCUACCCCUAUCCCCAGCAAGCCUCCUGCCCGCCCUCUCCGCUGCCUCCUUCCCCGGUUUGGCAUCGCCCCGUGGUGCCCAGCGCCGGCCAGAGCAGUGCCAGCCCCUUCCCCAGCGCUGCCGGGGCUCUGCCCCUGGCUCAGGAGAGCCGAGCCAGCCCCGCAGCCCCGGCCGAGGCGCUGCUGGCCUCGCCCUGCCGCCUGCUGCCGCCGCGGGCUAAGGCAGGAUUCCAGGCACCCCGGCCCUCCUACUCCACCAGGAACGCCGGCAUCGAGCCGCAGGACAGGCGCUCGUCCCUCCCUGCAUCGCCCACCUGGACGCCCCGGCUGGCGCGGCGCCCGGGCAGCCUGGACGGCUGGGCCAGCCCGGCCUCGGUGCCCGAGCUGGAUGAGGGGCCCCCCACGUCCCCUCCGUGGAGCGAGCGGUCCCUGUCCCCUCUGCGGCAGGACGCGGAGCCCCGCGCCAGCCGGCAGAUGCAAGCGCGGCUGGCCAGGAACAUCAUCAACGCUGCCCGCAGGAAGAGCUCCUCUCCCAAAGCCCCGGGGCUGGAGAGCUCCCGGCCCUUCACCCCCAUCCCCGCCGGCCCCCCCAGCCUGCCCCAAUCGCCCCGGCUGGGGCCGAGAGCGCCGGCGCUGCAGGCAGCGGGCAGCGCGCUGGGGAGCCUGGGCAGCCCCUCGCCCACCCACAGGAGCCCCCUGCGAUCGCCCCGGGCAGGCAGCCCCCAGCCCUGCGCCUCCCCCGGGAUGCCCCGGGCCGCCUGGGCAGAGGGCCGCCGGCUCCUGCUGCCGUCCAGCGCGUCUCCCUGCCCCGUGGCCCGGCUGUCCCCCGUCCCCAAGAGCCCCCUGCCAUCCCCCGUGGUGGGCGGGCGCUCCCCAGCCAAGCGCUGCACCUCCCGGUCCCCGACGGACUCGGACGUCUCCCUCGACUCCGAAGACUCGGGGACCAAAAGCCCGGGAAUCCACAGCUUCAACCUCUGUCCCCGGGGCUGGACCAGCAGCCUGCGGCUGAAGACGGGGGCUCUGCCCUCAGGGGCUCCCUGCACCUCCUAGACAAGCCAGCCCCAGCC